GUCAUCAUCUGUUUUUUGUCAAAUUUGACACGUUGUUUUUUGGAUAAUUAUUUGUUGAAAAUUAACGAUAAACAUAAUUAUGUCAAAAUGGCCAGUCCUAUUGAAAAUAGCCAAUGGGUUACUGAGCUAGAGAAUGCGCUACAAGAAGAAUGUUCCGCGACGGAUAUUUACUGCAUUUGCAAGGGAAAAGCCCUCCCUGAAAAAUUAAGAAGUGAUAUUUGGCAGAUAUGUUUAGAUGUCAAAGAUAAAGGUAAUCAACUCGAUCAUUUCAACGAAGUUUUCGAUUUGCCAAAUCAAACUGUACUUAGAGAAGACUGCACAAAUUUUGUAUCGAAAUUAGGAAACGACGAAGAAGACAAGCUUUCAGUAAUAUCCGACUUGGAAUCCGUAAUAACGUUUUACUGCAAAAGUAGAAACAUCACAUACACCAGAAACAACGGCUGGUUAGACUUAUUAGCACCAAUUUUGACUUUGAAAGCGCCACGAUCGACGACUUACAAUCUAUUCGAAGCAAUAAGAGAUACAUACGUGCCUCAGAGUUGCCAUAAUGACGGGAGCGCCUUUCACAUCCUCAGGCUUCUUUUACUCUACCACGAUCCCGAGUUAUGUUCGUUUUUAGACACGAAACGCAUCUCUCCUGAUCAGUACUGUCUCGUGUGGUUUCAAUCGCUCUUCGCCUCGACAUGCAACCUGGAAGUGGUAAUCAACAUGUGGGAUUACUACUUCCAGCAGUCCGAUCAGUUCUUCAUAUUUUUCCUAUCGUUGAUCGUAGUAGUUAAUGCUAGAGACCAAAUUAUAUCGAUGAAGGACGAGAGUAGAGAGAAAAUCGUUACUAGUCUAAUGAAUAUGCCUUGUGGCUUAGAAGCCGACGACGUGUCUGAUUUUUGCACUCUCGCACAAUAUUAUGCACUGAAAACUCCCGUAUCAUUCAAAAACGAUUUAAUGCAGAACAUAUACUGCGGCAGGGGGGAUUCCUCAUUGGUUUCGCAGGCCCUUUGUCUGCCGGUUACUGUUCACGAACUGGUAGAAAAUACGAAUCACGAGACCUCUAGCGUAGACGCCGUAAGGUUUUUCUUAGUCGAUUGUAGGCCCAUAGAGCAUUACAACGCCGGCCAUUUGCCCACUGCCUUUCAUUUAGACUGUAAUUUGAUGUUACAAGAACCGAGCGCUUUCGCUACGGCUGUACAAGGAUUGCUGAGUGCACAAAAGCAAGCUUUAGCUCACAAAUCCAACGCUGGCGGUGAGCAUUUGUGUUUCCUCGGAUCGGGUCGGAACGAAGAGGACCAGUACACUCACAUGGUGGUCGCGUCGUUUCUCCAGAAACACACCCAAUACGUGUCUCUGUUGGACGGGGGUUACAUGGCUGUACACAAUUACUUUUCGGAUAGUAUCGACGAAUUUUUGCAAGACCACAAUCCGAAGUGCUGCAUCGUGUGCGCCCCGAAAUACGUCUCGAAUGUCUCGCAAGCCAACCAGAAGCCGUCUCAAUCGCAGGAUUUAUUCGGGAAAAUAUCGGCGGCCAUGAAAUCGAAGUCGGCGGAGGUCAAAGGGAGAUUGAUCGAUUAUAUCGUAAACCCGAACGCGAGUCCUACGCAAGAAAGACACGUGUCCAGUAGCGAUAAAAUAGGAAAAAGGUAUCGCGAUGUUACGCCGGUGUUCAGCAUAGACGAUGAUAACGAUGGUGUUACCGAUGAACGUACCGAACUGGAAGACAACCAGGAACUAGUCCAAAUUCAAUCGUACAUAAAGAAACCCGAAAUAAUCGAGCAUUUCCCGUGCCAAGAGGUGAAACUCAACGGAUUCAUGUAUAAAAGUCACUUGCUGGUUACCAACUCGGAGCUGAUUGUACUUAGGGAGAUUCCGGAUAUAAAAGGUUCCGGGGAAAUUAUCGUCAAAAGGCCCUUAUCGGCCAUUGUUAAGAUAACGGCGAGGAAGCGACACCCGGAGUUGAUUACAUUUAAGUACGGCGUGCCAGAUGGGGAAAAUUUGAAGAUAUCCGAUAUGGAUAGGUUUUUAAUACCAAAUGCCGAUAAAGCCACUAAAGUAGUAUCGGAUCAAAUUCUAAACCAAUUGAAAGCUAAAGAGUGAUUUUGAAAUUAUUAAAGGCGUUAAUUUUAUUUAGUUGUUAACAUUCUCAAAUGUUUACUUAAAUAGUAUAAGAAUAUUCUGAAUGAGUUACGAAUUUUUUUUGUUUUUAUUACCAGCCGUUACAUUAAAUCAAAACGGUAUUUUAGAAAAUGAUGCAUCUUAAAAAAUAUAAAAAAAAUAGAGUAAAUAUUUAGUGUUAAGUUUUAUUAAAUAAUUACAUGUUAUGAGAAAUGAACUGGAAAGUAUUAAAAAAAGCGCUUUAACAAAAUACUACCGUCGCGUAGUAAUUAUGUUACUGUGUUCACCUGAAAAAAUAAAAGUAGUUGUAAUAAUUUAUUCGAAAAAAAGGCGAUACUUGCCAGUAAUUUCAUGCUUUUACUGUUUUAUUUUUUAUUUAGAAAACUGCAUUAAAAAUUUCUUUUCGUUUCUCUUUCCAUUACCUUAAACCCAAUCGUACGAUUAGAAUAAUUUGAAAGUUUAACUUUUUACUAACUGAAUUCUGAAAGAUUAUGCGCUUGAAAUUUUUAUUAUAAAUAGCUUUUUUUGUUAAAUAAAAUAUUCUUGACUAUUAACAGUCGACUAUCAUUGUUACCACCUUAAUAUGCUUAUGAAAUUUCUUAUCAAUAUAAUGAAAAUGUUAGAAUAUACUUACAAUGUCAUCAAUUUUUAAU